AUUAAUAGCUAAAUAUGAAAUUUUUAAUGGGUGAAUAAAAAUAUAAUAAGAGCAAAGCAAAGUUGCAAAGAGUGUUAGACAAUGAAGAAAUCACUGUAUUUGCUACUGGCUUCUGCUGCUCUACUGAGUCAACUCAACGUUACCCUUUCUGUGUGCCAGGGCAGAGAGGAUGAUCAAGUUAAAAACCAUGCAGCGAGGCCACGAAUCUUCGACAUCACCCACACCAUCACCGGCGACCUCCCGGCGUGGGAUUCGGUAGACGGCACCGGCAAAUACAUCUGGCUCGUCUCCAGCAUCAAGAAAGGCAACGCCACAAACAGCUCCAUGUUCAAGCUUUCCACACAUUCUGGCACUCAUGUCGACGCGCCAAGCCAUUUUUAUCAGGAGUAUUACGAUCGAGGGUUUGAUGUCACCAGCCUUGACCUCCAUGUCCUUAAUGGUCCUGCUUUGGUGGUUGAUGUUCCUAGAAACAGCAACAUAACUGCUGAAGUUCUGGAGUCAUUGAACAUUGCUAAUGGAACAAAUCGUGUGCUUUUCAGAACUUUGAACACUGACAGGCGUCUGAUGCAUAAAACGGAGUUUGAUACAAGUUUUGUGGGUUUCAAGGCAGAUGGAGCCGAGUGGAUAGUAAACAACUCAGAAAUCAAACUUGUUGGAACUGAUUAUUUAUCCAUUUCUGCUUAUACCGACGCAAUCCCAACUCAUCUGACCCUUCUAAAAAGCAGGAAAAUCCAUGUAGUGGAAGGAUUAAGCCUGGAUAACGUCCCGGCCGGUGAAUACACACUCCACUGCCUGCCUCUCCGGCUGCACAACGCCGAUGGCUGUCCGUCACGAUGCAUCCUCGUCGAUGAUAUUCGGGGCUGCAGUGUGUAAAAUGUAGAAGAAGAUGAGGGUAAUGAUGGAAGAGUGAGAGAGAUAUUCUACUCAAUAAAUAAAUAUUAAUGAAUAAAAUAUAUAUAUUUUUAUUAAAAAUGCAUAAAAUUAGAUAAUUUACAGUGGCC